AUGCGUGAGCAGUUGCAACAGUACGAACAUCGCUAUGGUGAGAUCCUUCAACAGGGUCGAAUCUUGGAAGAACAGCUCUCUGUAGCUAAGGCCGAGCUAAGCAAGGCCGAAGCAGAACUUCAGGUCGCUCGUGCAGGGUACCAAGAGCUUGAAGCCGCCCUAACCAGCUGCCGGGGUGACAACAACUUGCUGAACUUCCAAAACACCCAGCUACAUGUCGAGUUGCAAGUCAAAGACCGCGAGGUUCAGAGACUUCGCCAGGCUGCUGCAAGCGCCACGAGUCCUGGGUCUUCGCCUCCAACGUCUGCUCCUCGCCAGCCAGAUAAGCCGCCGGUAAUUGCGUCAAGUGCAUGCUCUGGUGGGUUUAGUUGGGUACAUAACGGUUCGAAUGAGGAUAGUAGUGGUGCACCUUCAUUGCCGCAAGUUGUCAAUGAGUCAGCCCCUUGCCCUCCUGCGACCGUUACCGAUCCUCGUGUUGAUCAGUUGAUUGAUGUCGUACAGCAACUGCUUGCCCAAAGAAAUGGCGCGGAUCCAGGAUGCAAUGAUGCAUCUCCUGUUCAUGAGAUCGAAGAGCCUGAAAGGCAAGAGAAGCACAUUGUUGACAGCCGAGCUUUGUUACAUCUCAAGCUUGAGCCGGUUCCUUCCGACGCUGCUGGUUUCCGAGCCUGGAAAAACUCGUUGUUGGUCCAGAUUGCCAAGCUUGACAUGUCAGGCGAAGGUUUGGUUGUUGAAUGGUUGUCUCGGUCUUUCUCAGCUGAAAAAGAAGAGCUUACUGAAUCAGGUCUUCUUCCUCGCCUUGAUGCUUGGAUUGCUGGAGAGAUGACUUCCAUGCGUGUGUUGAAGCAAGUGACUGAGUUGGCGCAAGAAGUUAUCGCCUACGUUGAGUUGUGUGGCCAGACAGGGUCCCAGCCGAAAGGUCGAUACAUGCUUGCCCUUCUUGCUCGUCAUUUCAGCAUUGACCGUGUUCGAGGCACUGUGCUGACUGCUUCAACGUUGUUCCAGGUCGAAAUUGGAGGAAACUCCAUUCGAGAUCUCCGGGAUUUUGUGCAGCGCGUUCGGACUGUUCUGUAUUCAAUCCCAAUAGGACAGAGGCCGGAUGAUCGCCUCACUGGCGAAUGGCUCUUCCACCGUGUGAAGCACAUUAGGAAGCUAGAACGUGUCAUUGAUGACAUCAGAGAAUCUGCGCCAGAAUCCCGUCGUCGUGAGUGGAGUUACCUAUGGAACAAGAUGCAAGACGUCAUCGUUCAAGAACGAGAAGACACCAAUGCUCAGUCGGUAAUCAAGUCCUUGCAGAUUGCAGCUCCGCAGGCAAAGGCCAGGGGGGUACCUGCUGAGACCGAAGAGCCACCGCGAAGUCCUCCAGAGCCCAAGACUCCGCCAGAGGCUCCAGCAGUCGUGGCAAUGAUUGCCGCCUCAAGCGUGUGCAACAUCCCUGGAAGCAACGCCUUCAGCGUUGGGUGGGCUGCGGACACAGCUGCUGGUCGGUAUCUUGGAUCGGCACGGGCGUUGGCAGACCAGGGAAUUCCGUCGGAGUCAUACAGGUCGUUUCUUGCGCACUCAGCGAGCCUUGUUACGUUCCACGCAGGCGGUGGACCUCAGCCCGGUUCGCAGAGCUUGGGAUUUGCGUCCGACAAUAUGCCUCUCGCCAUUCACUACAUGUUGGACAACUGCCCAGUUGUUCGAAGCACUGGCUUGGAUGUUGAAUCUGGGAAGGCCUUCAUAUGGUUACCCGGUUCCCUUCCAUUCUUCGCGCGUGACUUGUCUAAGCUUCGGGUCGACUGCGCCGAAGAAGCCAAGCUUUAUGCCAAGCGCACAGAUGAGCAUGUGCCGAUCUUCACCAGCAAAUGUCAGUUUGUCCAUGGUCUUGCUGCGUCAGCUGAUUCUCUUGACGAGUCGGGUGAGGAAUGCCAAGAGCCUUCGCGUCCCGUUGCCCAUGAUCCAGCUGAAGAGUAUGCCAAAGACCUCCUAACAAAGCGUGGUGAUAUUCAGCCCAAUCAAGUUCGUAAGAUCUUUGGACUUAUGAAACGUGGUUCCGCAUCCCGAGGGAUUGAGCCGAGCGAUGACUCGUCCUUUGCAGUAGGUUGCUUCUGUCGAGGUGGUGUGGUCGGUCUACUGAAGUCCAAGAAAGGGGUCAUCCGGUUUUCCGCCGAAGAUCGACUUCGUGCCACGAAGCCUUGGACUGGUGAUCGACUUGUGAUGGUCUUGUGUGCGGCAAAUGAUCCUGCUUCUCUCGAGCAUGAUGUUUUGGAUGCUCUCAUAGGAGUUGGGUUUCUACUGGACAAUCUUCCGCUGGUUGAUGUCAUUCCCGCAGAAGUUGAUUCGUCCGAGAUACCUUCCUCUUCGUCAGGGGGGUUACCCAAAGAACAUCUUAUCGAAGCAAGCCCUGAUGGUCCUGCUGCGUCUGCGCUUCCUGAAGGGGACAAGCCUCUAGAUUUGAGUUCACCUGGAUUCCCCGUUGUGGAUGAUGCACAUGUCAGUGAUCGAGUUCGCAAAGUGAAGCAUCGCUUCUUCCACUUCCCAAAGAACCCGUUCUGUGAUGCGUGCAAUCAAUCCAAGCUCUUGUCCAGAAGAGUGUGUCGCAAGCCUCGUGAUGAGGACUCUGAGCCCGCAUUGCUUGAAGCCUCGGAAUUUGGAGAAGUCAUCGCAGCUGAUCACAUUCAUGUGUUCAAGUCACUCAGCGACUCCAACGCUCCCGGAAGAGAGUAUGUUGUGUUCGAGCAGUGCCCUGUUCAAUGA